AUUCUGUAUAAGAUUUACUUAUCUGAUGUGUAGAUAACGUAUGUUGUGUAUAAAGGCUGAAUCAUUUUGCAGGCCUUUGGUUCUUCAAAUUAACCUGCAAGCAAUCAAUCUCUAAAACCUUAUGUGAUGUUGGUGACACCUUGCUGAAAAGGCAAGGAGCCAAGCACAACAAUCGUCUCAAAAACCGUGGAGACCUUUUGGAUUUUUAUAAGAUCCAUACAUCAAUUCAGUUGCAGACUUGUAAUUAUAAUAGAUUUUGAAUUCAAACUUGGAAGAAUCUGCAACUAAAGGGGAUACAGACCAUGAAGAUAGAAAUGGAAAACAUGCCAGUGUAAUUAGCUUUUGAAUUUUUUGUUCAUUUAAAGCCUUAGUUUUUCUUUAAUUUUUUAGACUGAUGUCUGUGGUUAUGAUCUAGCUUGUUGGUUGUUUUCAUUUGUCCACAGGAAUCCAAAACAUGGAUUGGAGUUCUAUUAGGUGUUAUGGUUUCGAUAGGGUUUAAUUGCUGUAUUUGUAGGCCGUCCAUUGGCCUUGAAACACCUAACAAAUGCUAAUUGAACGAGCAAAAAGCAAUUGGAAAGGCACUGUCAUCAAGAGAAACUAAGAAUGAUUAUGAUUCUUCCUUUAAAUAUUAUUGGACCAUAAGGUUUUAAUCUCUUGGAGGUGCUCAAUUUCAGUCAGCUGGGAGAAUGAGAGGAUGUUGAUCAGUCUAUUAUACCUUGAGUAGGUAAAUUGCUUCUAAGUUCAAUUUGUUUCAAAGAAUGGCAGCUGAUGCAAAGUUGCUCAUGGACUUCCAAUUUGUAGGUCACUUUCUGUUGAGUUGUCAUCGACUAAGCUGUACCACAGACUCCAGGGACAUCUCAACCCAUAGUGACUCUAACUCCUUGAAGGGAAUUCAAGAUGAAAACAGAGAGAGUCAACCAUGACAACCAGUAGCUAACCAUGGAGAUCAAUGGUAUAGUAUUGGAGACCCAGUGGCGGCAAACGUGGUUUGCUUAAUAUGUUUUUUGUCUUGAAAUGGUGAUGAAGAGAUUUGAACCCACUUUCCAACAUAGGUCGCAUCUCUCCUGAUAAUUCAGCCAACACCAGCAGUGUCAUUUUUGCUAGCGGCCCAGCGAUGACAUGGCAAGUGUCCGAAGUGAAGAAAUUUCAUCCAAGAUCAAUCAAUGCAAAGUGGAAGAUGCAUAAAUAUUUAAGGCGAUCAAGUGCCAUAUUCUGUCAAAUUAGUUGCUAACCAACAGACAUGAAAUGUGGAAGGCCAAGUUAAACUUGCUAAUGCUGUCUUGAAUUUUGAUUGCAAUAAUGGAUGCAAUUUGCUAUUGAGUACAAAAGAGCGUUGUGAGAUAGGGUGUAUUGGGAAGCUUCUAUCGAAGCUGGGGACGAGAUUUUAGCAUUGUAUCCAUUUCUUUAAGUAGUAGAAUUUCUACUUGGCUCUUCCAGCAAAAUUUGUCUUUAUCGUUCUUUCAUCAUCUCUUAUUGUAUAAAAAUAGUUAGAGAAC